CGUCCGUUCCCUUGACAUUCCCUGCAAUGGCUACUUCAGACAAAAAGAUCAUCCUCUACGAUUUCCCCGGGAAAUUCCCAGACGGUGCAUGGUCUCCAAAUGUAUGGAAGGCGAGACUGGCUCUCAACAUGAAAGGCAUCCCCUAUCGCACGGUCUGGGUCGACUUCGCAGAUAUCCCGUCUCAUUGCGAGUCUAUCGGUGCCCCACCCACCUCUCACGAUCCCAUUGACGGCAGGAAGAAGAAAGUCUACACCUUCCCCGUCAUAUAUGAUCCCGCCACCAACGCCACAGUCUCCGAAUCGUUCAACAUCGCGAGGUACCUUGACAAGACUUACCCCUCGUAUACCAACGCGUCGGUCCCAGUCGCGAAAGAUAUAGUGUUUGCUCCGGCUGGAACCACAGCUUUGCAGGUGGCGUUUGAGGAGAUGUGGACGGAAAAGAUCAUCGCGAAUUUGUUUCCGCUGUUGGCCGUGGAUAUCGCACGUUCGGGAGCGACAGAGAAAAGCCGAGACUAUUGGAGACGUUCGAGGGAGGAGAGGUUUGGAAAGAAGAUAGAGGACUUGUUGCCUCCAGAAGCGAGACCUGUAGUGUGGAAGAAGGCGUUGGCGGGGUUCAAACAGGUUGGGGACUGGCUGGGCGUGAACGAGUCAGGCCAGUUUGUGAUGGGCGAGACGUUGAGCUGGGGUGACGUAGUGAUGGGCAGUUGGCUGUUGAUGAUUCGUAGGAUGUGGGGCGAGGAUAAUGAUGAGUGGAAGGAACUGAUGAGCGUGGAUGGUGGGAGGUGGCAGAAGUUCUUUCAAGCUAUUUCCGUGUGGAACUUCGUCGAUGAGGAGGCUUUAGCGACCCUGGGCCAAUGGAUCGAGUGAUGGUGCUACUUGGUUGGGAAAAAAUUGGGAUGAGUACAUAGUAGAUAGACUUCGAUAACGUGGAACAUGCAUAAUCACAUCUGACAGAAGAAGUACAGUGCUACAAACGUCAAUCAAAUCACUCUCCAGUUC